AUGGCGCCGGAGCGACUACGGAGCCGAGCGCUCUCGGCUUUCAAGCUGCGCGGCUUGCUGCUCCGAGGUGAAGCUAUUAAGUACCUCACAGAAGCUCUUCAGUCUGUCAAUGAGUUAGAGCUUGAAGAUACGCUAGAAAAGAUCAUCGAUGCAGUUGAAAAGCAGCCCUUGUCCUCGAACAUGAUAGAACGGUCUGUAGUAGAAGCAGCGGUCCAGGAGUGCAGCCAGUCAGUGGAUGAAACGAUAGAGCAUAUCUUCAAUAUCAUUGGAGCUUUUGAUGUUCCACGUUUUGUAUACAAUUCAGAAAGAAAAAAAUUUUUUCCUUUAUUAAUGACCAACCACCCUGCACCAAAUUUAUUUGGAACAGCAAGAGAUAAAGCAGAGCUUUAUCGUGAACGAUACACUAUUUUGCACCAGAGGACGCACAGACAUGAAUUAUUUACUCCUCCUGUGGUAGGUUCUCACCCUGAUGAAAGUGGAAGCAAAUUCCAGCUUAAAACAAUAGAAACUUUAUUGGGUAGUACAACCAAAAUUGGAGAUGUGAUUGUUCUUGGAAUGAUAACUCAGUUAAAAGAGGGGAAAUUUUUUCUGGAAGAUCCUACUGGAACAGUACAACUGGAUCUUAGUAAAGCUCAGUUCCAUAGUGGUUUAUACACAGAGGCUUGCUUUGUCUUAGCAGAAGGUUGGUUUGAAGAUCAAGUGUUUCAUGUCAAUGCGUUUGGAUUUCCUCCCACUGAGCCCUCUUCUACUACUAGGGCAUACUAUGGAAAUAUUAAUUUUUUUGGAGGUCCUUCCAAUACAUCCGUGAAGACUUCUACAAAACUAAAACAGUUAGAAGAUGAGAAUAAAGAUGCCAUGUUUGUGUUUAUAUCUGAUGUUUGGUUGGACCAAGUCGAAGUAUUGGAAAAACUUCACACCAUGUUUUCUGGUUAUUCACCAGCACCUCCAACCUGCUUUAUUCUGUGUGGUAAUUUUUCAUCUGCACCAUAUGGAAAAAAUCAAGUUCAAGCUUUAAAAGAUUCUCUAAAAACUUUGGCAGAUAUAAUAUGUGAAUACCCAAAUAUUCAUCAAAGUAGUCGUUUUGUGUUUGUUCCUGGUCCAGAGGAUCCUGGAUUUGGCUCCAUCUUACCAAGGCCACCACUUGCUGAAAGCAUCACUAAUGAAUUCAGACAAAGGGUACCAUUUUCAGUUUUUACUACUAAUCCUUGCAGAAUUCAGUAUUGUACACAAGAAAUUAUUAUCUUUCGUGAAGACUUAGUGAAUAAAAUGUGCAGGAACUGUGUCCGUUUUCCCAGCAGCAACUUGGAUAUUCCUAGUCAUUUUGUGAAGACUGUCUUAUCCCAAGGACACUUGACUCCUCUACCUCUUUAUGUCUGUCCAGUGUACUGGGCCUAUGACUAUGCUUUGAGAGUGUAUCCUGUGCCUGAUCUGCUUGUCAUUGCAGACAAAUACGAUCCUUUCACCAUGACCAAUACCGACUGCCUCUGCAUAAACCCUGGCUCUUUUCCAAGAAGUGGAUUUUCAUUCAAAGUUUUUUACCCUUCCAAUAAGACAGUAGAAGAUAGCAAACUUCAAGGCUUUUGAGAUUCAUCUGAAUAAAAUCAACUUUCUCCUUAAUUUUAUCUUAUGUAAUUUUGAUACUAAGAUAUAAUAAAA